CCUAUAAUUUAGAAACAUUUCAAAAUCUCUAAAAAGGACACACAAACGUAUUUUCAAAUCUAAAUCAACAUAAGUCAACAUCUUGUGUGAAAAUUUGUUUUCUCACAAAGCUAUAGUAGCUCAAAACCUAAAAUCAAAGGCAUUAUUAAAUCACAAACCAAAAACAGUGACAAAUGAAGCCACGACACUUUGAAAACCAAUUGACCCCAUAAGUCUAUCACUCUGUCUGCCUUACACCAACUAAAGCAUCUAAACAUCUUCCCCUCAAAAUGGAGAAGAGCGUGAUUCUCCCUUUUCUCCACCUCCUUCUCCUCCUCCACCUCCCAAAUGCAGCAAAAUCUUCCAUUAAUGUUGGCAUUGGCAUUGGCAUUGGAAGUGGUGGUAACAUCCCAGUACCUUCAGGACCAUCUGUUCCAAACCAAAACAAUGCUUACUCAGCUCUUCAAGGAUGGAAAUCAGCAAUCACUGAUGACCCUUUAAAUAUUUUAGACACAUGGGUUGGUCCUAAUGUUUGUUCAUAUAAAGGAAUCUUUUGUGAAAAUCCUCAAGAUGAAAAUAGUACUCCUUUUGUUGCAGGAAUAGAUCUCAACCAUGCAAAUCUUAAAGGAACACUUGUAAAAGAACUAUCUUUACUAUCUGAUAUCACUCUUUUCCACCUCAAUAGUAACAGAUUUUCAGGUACAGUUCCUGAAUCAUUCAAAGACUUUACCUUACUUCAAGAGUUAGACUUAAGCAACAAUCAACUUUCUGGCACUUUUCCUACAGUUACUUUAAACAUGCCAAACCUCAUUUACUUGGAUCUUAGAUUCAACUACUUCAAAGGGUCACUUCCUGAACAACUCUUUGAUAAAAAUUUGGAUGCAAUAUUUCUCAACAACAAUCUUUUCAGUGGUGAAAUACCACAAAAUUUUGGUAACUCACCUGCAUCAGUGAUCAAUUUAGCUAACAACAAGUUGAGUGGAAACAUACCAGCAAGUUUUGGUUUCAUGAGUCCUAAAUUAAAAGAGAUUCUUUUUAUCAAUAAUCAGUUAACAGGUUGUAUACCAGAAGGAGUUGGUGUAUUAACAGAAAUGCAGGUUCUUGAUGUGAGUUUUAAUUCACUUGUUGGUCAUUUACCUGAUACAAUAUCUUGUUUGCAAAAUAUAGAGGUUCUUAAUUUGGAACAUAAUAAGCUUUCUGGUGAUAUAUCUGAUGUGAUAUGUUCUUUGAGAAGGUUGUUGAAUCUAACUGUUGCUUACAAUUUCUUUUCUGGGUUUAGUCAGGAAUGUUCAAGGCUUUUCAAUUUUGGUUUUGAUUUUUCUGAUAAUUGUAUUCCUGGUAGGAAUAUGCAGAGACCAAGACCUGAGUGUUCUGUGAUCCCUGGUGGUAAUCUUAAUUGUUUUAGAAUCCCUACUCCAAAACCUCUAAGCUCGCAAAUAUUCCUUCAUCAUUUCCUUGAUAGCCACUGCUAAUAUUUUUCUUUGGUUUAUAUUGAGUCUAAUUCAUUGUUCAAAAAUCAAUAUGUAAGGUGAUGAAUAUCAUUCUUUAUAAACUAUUUUCAGAUUUUAUCUCUUCACAUCUUUAGACAUGGGUUUUUCCUAAUAAUUUGGAAGAUUUUCUAUUUUAUGAUGAUGUUACUGUUUCUAAACAAGAUAAUUUAUCUCAAGUAGAAUGCUUAGUUGAUAAAUGUGAAAAUGAACUUAACCAGGAAAGUUCAAAUUAAUAGUUGUUUUGAAACUAUUCCACUGAUUUAGUUGAAGCAAUUUCUCUUCUUUUUCCUUCUACUGAGCUUGUCAAAGUAUAUGACAGCUUUUGAGCCUAAUUUAAACUACACGGACCAAUACCGCACAUUGGUGAAUCUAUAUGGAUCAAAAACACAGUUAAGCCUAAUUUUUUUAUAGCAAGUCUAUUGUUUUCGAACAAUUCUCAAAUUUUAAGUUGCAACUUGUAACAAUACCCUAAGCGAUAUCAUUACCUCAGGCCUCAUCUGAUAAGUUGUUUAAUAACUUUUCUGACAUGCUAUUAACAUACAUUGAAAACAUACUCAUGAGACCUUAACUUCAUCAAUGCUAUUAAAUCAUGUCUAAAUUCUCUAUAAUUAGUAAUGAAUAUUUCAUUUUCAUUCUUGUCACUUGUCAAAUACACAAAUUUUCAAAUCAUAUUACAUGUCUAUACUAUUGAUGAUAGGAUAGACAAUCCUUAAUAUUUCCAUCAAUUUUAAGUUUCAUCUUUUAUACAAUGUAGCUAAAUUAAGAAUCUAGUUUCAAAUUAUAUAAAUUUUUUAUACUAUUAUCGAAUCAUGUAUAUAAUGCUAUGUAGUCAGCAGUAGACAGCGUAGCGUAUCGGCCAAUCCUCAAAAUAGCGGCGUAGCGGGUAACGGGUAGCAUAUAGCUGCUACGUCGAAGAGUCUAGGAGAACAUUUAGAAGCAAUUAAUAUUUAAUAUCAUACACAUAUAAAUGAUAUUGCAAGGCGGAUUAAAAUUAUACUCAAAUAUUCCCAUUGAUCAUAAAAUUGUACUCAACUAAUAAUCUAAGUUUCGAUGAAAUUCGAGAGAAAAUGAAGGAUAUCCAAAAUAAAAGUCAGUCAUAAUAUCUUGAAAUAGAAAACAAACUAUUGCAUUUAUAGAUUAUACUCAAACAUUUGUAUUUAACAUGAGCAGGACUUACAUUUGUAGAUUAUAGACACACAUCUGCAUUUAAUCUUUCUGUACAGUUCAAAUCUUCUAUUCAAACUUUCAUUACAUCCAAUAACACUCUGUAAAUUGUGAAUUGUGAUCACUCCUCUAACUUAAGCUUUGGACCAAACUCUAAAGCUUCAAGCACUCCAAUCCCAAAUUGAACCAAAAAUAUGUUCAAAAAUAUGUACUUAUACAAAAUCAGGGGUUAAGAAUAACCUGCAAGAAUU